CCAAACAGCGCAGAAAUCACACCGCCCACUUUGGGAAGCCUAGGUUUGCAAAGCAUGCGCUCCUUAUCGUGGCUAGCUGGUAGCAUUAGCUAGCUAAUCUUUUAUUUGUGAGCAGACAGGAUGGAGAGCAGCGAGGGAAUGGAGGUGGAGGGCUGGGACUCCAAUCUGGAGGAAGAGCUGGGCAUUUCUCUGGAUGAGCUGAAGAAGUGGAUUGACGAGGCCGUGGAGAAGAGCGAGAUUGUGCAGAAGAAAAAGGCUCAUCUGACGGAGCUCAAGGAAUGGGUGGAGCAGAAAGAAGAAGAGGAGGCAAAGACGGACGGGCUUCUAAACGAUGCGAACAAAUCCAUAUUGGCGUGUGAGAAGCUCGUGAAGGAAACUUUCCAAAAAAACGGUCUUGUUUACCGAGAGAGCAGCUCAGAGGAUGAGGGGGGCGGAGGAGGCGUGUUGUCCUCCGAGGUCAUUGAGAUAGACGACGACGACGACGACGAUGUCAUUGCUGUUGGCUGUUUGGUUCCUCCAAAGAAGCCCGGCCCUCCUGGCAAAGAUCCGGUGUUAAAAGACGCCUCCACAGCGCUACAGAAAACCUCUCAGCAGGUGCAGAAAUUGGCGCAAAUGGUCGGCAAGCCUUCACUAGGUGCUCCAUUACUCCGAUCUCCAUCCCAGUCAGGUAUUCAGACUUCAGUACCAGCAGUGUUUGUAUCCCACGUUCCAGCUCAGUCCAUGACCCAGCCGAACCCAAACAUCACAGAGGAUGAGCUCAGAGUCGGGAUGACCCUUCUGGGAAAGAAGCGCACCAAGACUUGGCACAGAGGCAUCCUCGUUGCCAUCAGUCCUGUCGGAAACAGUAUAUUCAAGUAUAAAGUGAAGUUUGAUAAAGGAAAGAGUCUGCUGUCUGGAAACCAUGUGGCUUUCGAGUAUAACCCCACAUUGGAGAUCCUGUAUGUCGGGGCUCGCGUAGUUGCCAAGUACAAGGACGGCAACCUGGUGUGGCUCUAUGCUGGCAUAGUAGCAGAGAUGCCCAACAACAAGAACCGUAUGAGGUUUUUGAUCUUUUUUGAUGAUGGCUACGCUUCAUACGUGACACUACCUGAUCUCCACCCAGUUUGCCGACCAUUAAAGCGCACCUGGGAAGAUAUAGAAGAUGCAUCGUGUCGAGACUUCAUCGAGGAGUACAUCACUGCAUAUCCCAGCAGGCCUAUGGUGCUCCUAAAGGUUGGACAGAUCAUCAAGACAGAGUGGGAGGGCACCUGGUGGAAGAGCAAAGUGGAGGAGGUGGACGGCAGCUUGGUCAAGAUCCUCUUCUUGGAUGACAAGAGGAGUGAGUGGAUUUAUAGAGGCUCCACCAGGUUGGAGCCAAUGUUCAACCUGAAGAUGACCACCGCCAACACCCAGGAGAAGAAGCUUGCUGGGCAGCAGAGGUCACGACCUAACAUGGGGGUGUUGAGGAGUAAAGGCCCAGUGGUUCAAUACACCAGUGACGGACAUGUUGGAGCCUCUCUCGUCAAAACACCGCAGGGCUCACCCAGCCAGCCUUCGCAGAUACCGCUACAUCAACAGUGUCCUCCACCAUCACCACAGCCCCAACUAACCCAACUAACCCAACUAACCCAACAAACCCAACUAGCCCAACUAACCCAACUAACCCAACAAACCCAACAGAUGCUUCAGCUUUCUCAGCCCCAACAGAUGCUUCAGCUUUCUCAGCCCCAACAGAUGCUUCAGCUUUCUCAGCCCCAACAGAUGCUUCAGCUUUCUCAGCCCCAACAGAUGCUUCAGCCUCCACGUAUUGACAACAAACAUCAGAUGGCAAAGAAGAGUACUUCUCCCUUUGUCCCUGGGGUGGGAGGCACUAAUGCCUCCAAAAUCAUGCAGGCUCUUUCAUCCAGUCCCAUCAACCUCUCUAGUGGAAGAAUAUUGAGUGUCCAAAAUAUGCCUACGUUCACACAGUCGUAUCAGAGACUGCCCACUCUGGCUUCCACCCCCCCUGCUAUAACCCACACGAUGGCCACCAUCCCACAUCAGCCCUCAUACCGUGCCCCGACGGACCGCAUCUUCUACCUGGCACACACCUGUCAGCCCGCAUGUCUGAACCGCGUCCGACCGGCAAAAUCAGACGUGCACCGAGGAAAGAACACCCUCCUCACACCUUUACUGUACGAUUUCAGACGCAUGACUGGACGCCGCAAAGUUAACCGCAAGAUGUCCUUCCACGUGAUCUACAAGGCUCCAUGUGGGCUUUGCCUGCGAAACAUGUCAGAGAUCCAGCACUACCUCUUCCAGACGCACUGUGACUUCAUAUUCUUAGAGAUGUUCUGUCUAGACCCCUAUGUGCUCGUGGACCGGCCUUUCCAGCCACAGAGGCCGUUCUAUUACAUUCCCGACAUCACUACUGGUAGGGAGGACAUCCCACUCUCCUGCGUCAACGAGAUCGAUUCCACCCCGCCCCCGAGAGUAGCUUACAGUAAAGAGCGUAUUCCUGAAGAUGGAGUAUACAUCAACACCAGUCCAGACUUCCUGGUUGGGUGCGAGUGCACCGACGGCUGUCGAGACAAGUCCAAAUGCUCCUGCCACCAGCUGACCCUUCAGGCGACAGCUUGUACACCGGGGGCACAGAUCAAUCCAAAUGCUGGAUUUUUGCACAAACGAUUAGAGGAGUGUCUUCCCACAGGGAUCUACGAGUGUAAUAAGCGGUGCAAAUGCUGUGCUCAGAUGUGCACCAACCGGUUGGUGCAGCACGGCCUGCAGGUCCGUCUGCAGCUCUUCAAAACCCAGAACAAAGGCUGGGGCAUCCGCUGUCUGGAUGACGUGGCCAAGGGCUCUUUUGUCUGCAUCUAUGCUGGUAAAAUCUUGACAGACGACUUUGCCGACAAAGAAGGUCUAGAGAUGGGUGAUGAGUAUUUUGCCAAUCUGGACCAUAUAGAGAGUGUGGAGAACUUCAAGGAGGGCUACGAGAGCGAGGCUCACUGUUCAGACAGCGAGGGGAGCGGUGUGGACGUGUCGAGGAUAAAAAUCCAACCAUCCGCUUUAGUAUCAGCUAAAGCUGUGGGCAGACUGUCCAAAAAGGGUGAGUCUAAGCCUGAAGCCCAGAGCCCAAGCUCAUCAGGAGACAGCAAUGACGACGAUGACAAGGAUUCAAAGAGCGAAGAUGAAAGUGACAGUUCAGACGACACGUUCGUGAAGGACAACUACUUCAGCUCCAGCUCUGUGUGGAGGAGCUACACCACGCGCGGUCAGGUCAAAGGUAACAAGGAAGGGAGUCAAGACAGUAAAGAUGGAUUGAGCGCAUCAGCAAAAGGAACCGAUGACGAGAAACCGCCGUCCAUGCCAGAAGAGACGGGGAAAAGUAAAGUGGCUUCCUGGCUCACCAGCCAGGGACUAAAGAAGGAGUCCGGAGACGGCAAGAGUCAGGUGAAGUCAGAAACGGGGAAGAAGCAGGAUGUGAUGACUCUCUCUGACAGCGAUGAUGUUCAGACCAUCAGCUCUGGAUCUGACGACAACAAGGAUAAAGAGAAAGUCACCCCGGGUGUGACUAAGAAGCAGGUAGCAGUGAAAUCUACACGUGGCAUCGCCCUGAAGGGCAGCCACGGCAUGAUGGUGAAAACGGGAACACCUGGAGGCGGGGGAGGGCCGGGAGGUCAGGGAACAAAAACAGGACAGCAGGGACAGACUGGAGGAGGCGGGGACAACACUCACAAAAACUCCCGCCUGUUCUUUGACGGUGAAGAGUCCUGCUACAUCAUUGAUGCCAAGUUGGAAGGAAACCUUGGGCGCUACCUCAAUCACAGCUGUAGUCCUAACCUUUUCGUGCAGAAUGUGUUUGUGGACACGCAUGACUUGAGGUUUCCCUGGGUGGCGUUCUUUGCCAGCAAGCGGAUCCGGGCCGGCACAGAGCUGACCUGGGACUACAACUAUGAGGUGGGCAGUGUGGAGGGGAAAGUGCUGCUCUGCUGCUGCGGGUCCACUGAGUGCAGAGGACGACUGCUGUGAUCCUGUGAGCCUCUGCUGUAUCUGUAGGAAACGUAGAAGAGCCCUUUUAACACUGUAACCUUUUAUUUGUUGUUUUUUAAGUUGAACUAUACAUUUUAUUACACCUGUUUUGUUGCCUUUUAUUUUAUAUGAACGUGUUUCCUGAUUUUGUCUAAUUUUAUCCAUGAAGUUUUUCUUUACAUCUGAAUAAAAUGCAAUUUUUCUUCAAUGAA